GGUAACUGGUUCGCUGGUUAGCUGGUACCUAGCUGGCGACUGGCAGCUGGCAGCUUAGGUAAACGACCUAGGUUGUUCCUUUGUCACCUUUACCUGCAGCAUUUGCCCUACUUUAUCUACUCUAGACGUCAACAUGGCCCCUGACCUUAACUCACUUCCACCAUCUUCACCAUCUGCACGUCCACGCAUAAUGACCUCCUCAAACGGUAAUGGAGACUCUGCUAUCCGCGGGGAGUCGGCAUCACCGUCUCCUCGUUCAGCAUCCACUUCUCUGCAAGCAGCCGCCACUAUGAAUGCCGGUCUUCAACAUGAACCUAUGAGACGCUCCUCGAGCAGCUCUCUUUCACGACACCGCCAAUCGCCCCAGAUGGGCCGACGACGCUCCACAGUCUUGAUGAACUUGCAACUCAACGAUCCAUCCGUUCCCGGCCCAGGCGAAAUGGUCUCGGAGGGAAGUGCCGGAUAUGCCACUCUCAGCCCUCAGCUUACGGCUACAUCUCCCCUUCUCAUAGGAGGCGAUCCUCACCAUAAUAGAGCCCCGAGUCUGGGAGAAUUGCAUCAAGAGCUCGAGGCGGAGCAGGAGGCACAAGUGAACCGACUGCUGCAAAUGAUUCGCCAGCAGCAACUCCAAUUACAACAGCUUCAAGCAGCACAGGGACAAAACCCAACGAGCGUGGCCGCUGAAGACGCGACCCCGACCUCGGAGAGAUCUAGUUCUGUAACGCUUCCGAACCCGGUUGCACAACCACCAUUUCCCGCCCCGUCAACUUCUGUUCCUCGAUCUCCCGUCUUCUCACAUCCCCGUUCCUCCUUCGACAUCGCCCGCGAUGCUCUACACCGUCGAUCUAGAACACCAAGUCGUGGUGCUCCGUCUCCUAGAAUGAGAUCCACAUCUAUCAGUGGGGAGAGUGGGGAACCGCAUUUGUCUGGCGUCCGUGAUGAGAGUGCUUACUACCAGGCUGAGACGCAGUCUUUGGUCCGUGAGAAUCAGAUGCUACGGCACAGAAUCCGGGAACUUGAACGUCAACUGAGUGAGGCCCAUGCCAACAACGCGGGGCUGACGCGGGAACCAGCUCACCACUCUCAACUCACACAAUCAACCUCGGUAUCCGAGGAAGAGGGAGCAGCAGGCUCCUCUGGCCCAGCAGCAUCUGCUAGCACAGCUCAACCUGUUGCGGUCUCGGAAACCCCCAAGGACGAAUGAGGCGUCUGGGCUGGUCUGUAAAAUUAGUCACGGUCUUGAGGCGUUCGGUUGUUUACCUAGGUAACUCGUCAUAAACGGACGAGUAAAUCUUCAUGUUCUUUCAGGUCAGACGUCGGCGUUGGCGGAAGCUCUGGUAAGGGUAUCGGGAACGAGGGAUACGACUUUACGAAACAGACAUACGGCGACUGUUUCCGGCGUUGUCCCUCGAUGCACCUCGAAUAUUUAGUAUUAUCGAUUUCCUUUUACCGGUGUCUCGGCGUACCUUACAUUCUCCUGCUUUUUAGAGUGAUAAAAUUGUGAUGCAAAUCACAGGUUUUCGUCAACUACGAAUGUUUAACUAUGGUUGAAUGUCUUAUUCUAUAUGAUGUGAUAUAAGAUGGCAAGAUUCGAUAUACUAGGUAGCUUAUAAUGUAGUAUUGCUAUUGAGAUUGCUAUAGCGAGGAGUCAAGGACUUCUUAUAUCUAAUAUCGUUUGUAAUAAGGGGUAUUGAUGUUAUACGCACACGUGAUAAGGAAGUCGAAGGAACUACUACCUAAUAGCUACAGAAUUAAAGUCAAGUUACU